AUGAUAAAACUAGCCUGUCGUCGUUCACAACAACAACGUCUUCAAAUUGCGCAAGAAUAUAGAAAAAGGUAUAACGUUGACUUGGUGAAAAAAUUUGGUUACCGAAAUUUUCUAAACCUGGAGGUUCGACACUUUGAAGAAUUCCGAACUCUCAUGAGUCGAUUAUUUUUACGUCAAGUCGAUUUGGAUAUUAUGACAAUUCAUCAACUUCACCCCAGCGCGUAUACUGAUGGAAGCCCGCUGUUACAUGAUAUUCUACAGAUUUUGAUGACACGAACGAAUCAAGAGAUUGAAGAACUUAGCAAAGAGCAUGAUAUUAGUUACGGCGGAAAUAAUAGUUUGGUAGCGUUUCUAGAUGAUUUGGAUGUUCGAGGAAUUUUAUCGGAAUUGGUGAAAGUAAAAAGAGAUGAAAGUUGGUUGACAAAUCGAACAAAAGCUGUGGAGGAUGCCGAACGAUUGCAUAGAGCUAAUGAAUUAUUAUACACUGAACGUUAUUCGAAAAGUAUUGCUAUAACGGAGCAAGAAAAAAGUUGUGAUGGAAAUUUUCACCAAAAAUAA